AUGAUGUCCUAUAUCAAGCAGCCCCAUUAUGCCGUCAACGGGUUAACCUUGGCCGGCCCAGGCAUGGAUCUGCUCCAUUCGGCGGUCGGAUACCCCACUACUCCCCGGAAACAGAGGCGGGAGCGUACCACGUUCACCCGAGCUCAGCUGGAUAUCUUGGAGGCGCUCUUCGCCAAGACCCGCUACCCCGACAUCUUCAUGCGCGAAGAGGUGGCGCUGAAAAUCAAUCUGCCGGAGUCCAGGGUGCAGGUCUGGUUCAAGAACCGCCGGGCCAAGUGCCGCCAGCAGCAGCAGCAGAGCACGGGCCAGGCCAAAGCCCGCCCGGCGAAGAAGAAGACCUCUCCCGCCCGGGAGACCAGCUCGGAGACCAGCACCAACGGGCAGUACAGCCCCCCGCCGACCGGCACGUCCGUGACGCCCAGCUCGAGCGCCAGCGCCACCGUCUCCAUCUGGAGCCCCGCCUCCAUCUCCCCCAUCCCGGACCCCCUGUCUGCCUCCACUACCCCCUGCAUGCAGAGGUCCACCGCCUACCCCAUGACCUACACCCAGGCCCCCGGUUACACCCAGACCUACGCCGGAUCCACCUCCUACUUCAGCGGCCUCGACUGCAGCUCCUACCUGUCCCCCAUGCACCCGCAGCUGUCUGCCCCCGGAGCCGCGCUGAGCCCCAUCGCUACCCCGACCAUGGGUGGCCACCUGAGCCAGUCACCGGCCUCCCUGUCCAGUCAGGGCUACGGCACGGCCGGGCUGGGCUUCGGCUCCGUGGAUUGCCUAGACUACAAGGACCAAGCCGCCUCGUGGAAGCUCAACUUCAACGCCACCGACUGCUUGGAUUACAAAGACCAGAGCUCGUGGAAAUUCCAGGUCUUGUGA